AUGUCUACUUUCACCCAUCCAAGCCUUCCUGGGCCUAACCUGACUCGCAUGAUUCACCUUUUGCCGAGCAAGAAUACAGACGCCCCAUCGGACGGAGCUGGCGGGUUACACAUCUAUGAGGCUCUUUCCUAUUGUUGGGAGAGUAAUGUGAGGUCUGAGUUGAUAAAGAUCAACGGCUGUGCUUUUCUCGUCACGAAGAACCUCCAUUCUGCAUUACUGUAUCUUCGUAACCAUCAACUUCAGCGAACAUUAUGGGUGGAUGCUAUUUGUAUCAACCAAGAUGAUUUGGAUGAGAAGAACGCACAAAUUCCACUCACGCGGAAUAUCUACGCCCAAGCUGGUCAAGUGAUCGUCUGGCUUGGGGAGGGCCGGGACGGAAGAGACAAGGCGCUUGAAGGGAUUCAGUGUAUUGCAGGUCAGAAUGAAACCACGCAAUCCAUGAGAGAGUUCCGUGAUACAAGUUGGAAGCUGCUUCAGCGAGAUUGGUUCCGCAGGAUCUGGGUUCUUCAGGAAGUUGGUGUCGCACGAUCUGUAUCGAUUAUGUGUGGCCCUGUUCAAAUCAGCGGUCACGCUUUCCGCGAAGGAUUGAGUAGACUAGGACUUCCUCCUAGCCUGCAGUCUCAGAUUAGCCCAGUCGCUUAUCUAAUAAAUGGCGUAUCUUUUCGACCAAGACGAGAAACUGAUCGUCGUGGAGAGCUUUCUAUAGGAGAGUUGAUCAGCAUGUAUUGCAAGCAUAGUGCUACUGUGCAGCAUGAUCGAAUAUAUGCUUUGCUUGGUUUGAGCUCCGACGGCGCGCAGUCAGUUGCUCUACAACCAGAUUACAGGCUUCCAUGGCAUGAGGUUUUCAAGAAUGUCUUGAGCCAUAUAUUCCCAUAG